AUGCACCAACCACCUGGAUUUUUUGAUUCACGCUAUCCUACUCAUGUUUACAAAUUACACAAGUCUCUAUGCGGUUCAAAACAAUCACCAUGUGCUUGGUAUCAACGUUUUGUGUCUUAUAUACUAACUAUUGGCUUUGUGUGCAACAAAAGUGACUCUUCUUUGUUUAUCUACAAUCAAGGCAAUGACAUCGCCUAUCUACUUCUAUAUGUAGACGACAUCGUCUUGACCACCACCUCCUCCGCGCUCAAGGCACAUCUCAUAACCGGGUUAAAACAGGAAUUUGACAUGACUGAUCUUGGACCCUUGUCUUAUUUUUGGGGCAUCUCUGUCACUUGCACCAACAAUACCAUGUUUUUGUCACAACGCAAAUAUAUUGAAGAAAUACUUACACGUGCGAACAUGGAAGCGUGUAAGCCUGUCGCUACUUCGGUUGACACCAACUCCAAACUUAGUCUUCAUAAUAGUGAACCAGUGUCUGAUCUAUCCCUAUAUCGCAGCUUAGCAGGAGCUUUGCAAUAUCUCACAUUUACAGGUCCUGAUAUUGCCUAUGUUGUUCAACAAAUAUGUUUGUUUAUGCAUGCCCCAAAGCUCCCUCAUCUCAAUGCUCUAAAGCACAUUCUUCGGUAUCUUAAGGGUACUCUGGCGCAUGGUCUGACACUUCAUUGUUGUCCUUCUACACAACUCGUUUCCUAUACUGAUGUUGAUUGGGGCGGUUGUCCCAACACCAAAUGCUCAAUUUUAGGCCAUUGUAUUUUUCUUGGCGAUAAUCUCAUUUCAUGGUAUGCUAAGCGACAGGCCACUCUCUCUCGAUCUAGCGCUGAAGCAGAAUAUUGCAGUGUUGUAAAUGUCGUUGUCGAAGCUUGUUGGCUAUGUAACCUCCUGCUUGAGCUACACACUCCGUUACAACGAGCCACCAUCGUCUAUUGUGAUAAUAUCUCCACUGUCUAUUUGUCCAGUAAUCAUGUCCAACGUCAACGCACCAAACACAUACAAAUGGAUAUACUCUUUGUUCGUGAAAAAGUUGCAACUGGCCAAAUACGAGUUCUUCAUGUUCCUUCCGCUUACCAAUAUGCAAACAUCUUCACAAAAGGUUUACCCAGACAGCUAUUCUUGGAUUUCAGAGACAGUUUGAGCAUCCGACUUCCUCCCGCUCAAACUGUGGGGGACUCUUAG